GACAAAACAACCCAGCAAAAUCCACAACGUCGACCCAGCAUCUACCUGCUGUCUGCUUCAUACGGCUCUUUAUCGCAUGCUACAGCUGCGCCUGCAGUUUCUGCCGACAGAUCAGCUUUCAGCGUUUCUGAGACACCGGUCUCAACAAAGACGAUAAGAUGGUUGCGCCAGCUGUGCCUGAACUCACGGAGGAGAUCCUUCACGAAUCUAUCGAUGCUCGAACAGAGGUCUUGGCUGCGCUACGAGAAUUAGGUCCCCCAGAUCUGGUCCAGCUGAUCAAGCAAGCUCCAAGGAAUCCAGGGAAGCAGAUUGGAGUCUAUCACCAUGUCACAGGAGUCGAUGCUUCAUCUUCUGCAAGCUUGGCAGCAUACAUCAAUACCCUUACCUACAAAGAAAACCACCAAUCAAGCUCGAAAAUCGUCGAGGGCGUGUACUGCUGCUACAAUGCCUUCUCCAGACUCGAUAUGCGCGUACACGUUACAAUUCCUGGAAGCGUCGACAGCUACUGCAUAGAUGAGAGAGGGGAGAAGAGAGUUGCAUCCGAUGAGUUAUGGUUGGAAACGUAUCUUUGCAGUGUGCUUCGAGCAUACUCGUAUGCGGAUGAUGGAAGUGGAGACACAAUCAGGAAGAUAAUGGGUGUUCGAAGAUUCAAUCCAGUCACAAAUACGGAGACAGAACACAGAUUUCUACAAGCCGCGGAGCAACUGUUUUUCAGAGGUUGGCAAUUGGGAUCUGACUCCGUUGUGCAAGUGCCCAACAACGUCUCGAACCACCUCACAACCGGUCUCCUCAAAUAUUUCCAUACCACUGGGCGAUUCGCUUCUGGCAUAAACCUAUUCGAGAAGCUGCGGACGAAAAAUGUUGAAGUCUCCUCACUGCUGGCAAAGGUCUUAUUCAUGGGCAACGAGGAGGUCCAAGCAGUCCGAGUUCUGCACGAAUCUGUCAAGCAAUCGCCAAUGGACUACGUAAUGCUGGAUACACAAGCAGAGUUCUUGAUGAAGAAGGCGUUGAACCCCAAUCAGGAAGAGCUUAAGCAGGAGAGAUUACGAAUGGCUCUUGGUUGCGCAGACCGGAGCACAGUUGCUGCUCCAAGCGAAUUUGGCACAUGGGCGAGACUUGCAGAGGUAUAUGUUGCUAUGGAGGACUGGGAGAAUGCGUUGACAACCUUGAACUCCUGUCCGAUGUUUACAUACCAGGACAAAGAUGCUCCAAUCAUGCCAGACCCCAAGGAAAUUUACCUGCCAACUCUACCAGAGACUCGGUUAGACGAAAUCGACAGCGAACCAGAGUCGAAAUACUCCGAGCAAGUCCACCCGAGCUUGCUGAGCUUACGGGCUGCUCAGUACAAAGGGACAUUCAAACAUGCUUACAGUAUUUUGACAGAGAUGACAGCGAAGAUUGGUUGGGAUCAGCUGCUGAAGAUCCGAAGUAACGUGUUUGUGAUGGAGGAAGAAUACCGCAGCGAGAAGCAGCCACCCGCCGGCCAACAAGGUGACUCAACCAAGCGUAGCGCAAGCACCGAUGUACUGAGAGGAAGUCCAGGUCCUCCCAUCAACGGCGACGAGCACACAGAUGACGAGAAGAGCACAAAUGGAGACUCGACUGCUGCCACACUAGUUGCUGAGAACGGUGUUAAGGGCUCGACAGCUGACCAAGCAGUUGAGAAACCUUCGCAUACAGUCACACCAGAGGAAGCGAAGAGUGGAAAUGAAGACUCCGAGGCAACCGAAGAGCAACUCUCCCGCUUCAACAACAAACGCCUUUGCGAACGCUGGCUCGACAGCCUCUUCAUGGUCCUCUAUGAAGACCUCCGCAUUUACACCAUAUGGCGCACGGAGAUGGCCCAGUACCGCGCCCAACAAAUGCAAUACAAAAAGUCCGCAGAAGAAUGGGAGAUCCUCGGCUCCCUUGCCGACCGCCUGCACCACCAAGCCGAAGCCGUCGAAGCCUAUCGCGCCUGCCUAUCCAUCCGCUUCUCACCAAAAGCCCUGACGGGCAUUCUCGCGGAAUUCGAGAGGGAGAAGCAGACGCGAGAGACGGUCGCGAGCGUCAUUCGUCUCGUGACGUGGCAGUAUAGGUGGUACUCGGAGUUCAGCCCCGAGCUGCUGUAUACGAUCCGCACGCUGAUUGAGGAUGAAGGCGCCCUGAAGGUUAGGAGUAUCAUUCAGGCGACGAGCCUGCCGCAGAAUGUACUGGAGUUGACGCACCAUUAUGCAGCGCUGUGCGCGGCAUUUAGGAGCAGUGGGACUGAGGGGUGAUUGUUUGCAGAGAAUCGAGAACAAAGGGUUGAGAAGCCGCAAAUAAUCGACAAAUGGCAACUGAGAAUGAGGAGCUGAGUUGGUGGGUUCUAGCUUAGGUGGUGAAUAUUGGGAGGUGACUUGCUAUGUUGGCGACAUGAAUUCGAAAUCAGCGAGCUGAGUGUGGAUCGAUCUUCAACAAUUCAAUUGGUGGGUCGGAGGUGGGUGUAUUAUAGACGGGCAGCUUUGCUAAAAGAAUCCUAUCUGCUU